UUCGCUAUCGAACAAUGGUGUCACGCUCGAUCAGUCUACCGUAAAUAUUAUCCUUUCGCGUUUUGACGUUCGAAGUGACAUGUCGGACAAGUCCAACUUACCACCGUCCAUUUCCACCACCAACGAAUUAUGCUUCCCCUGAAUAGGGGUGCGUUCCACGUCGUGACAGAGUUUGUCUUCGUUCGCGAGCCCGGUCGGACACGAUCGCCUUGAUCAUUGCUCGGAUAUCGUCGCGUGAUUUCACAUUUCAAUCACGAGAACAAGAUUUACGUGAAUCGUUAUUGCAGUGAAACAAAAAAUGGGUAAAUAUCUAUUUCCACUUAUUCAGUCGUAGAUAAAAAAUGACAACGUGUAUAAUAGGAUUGCGUGUAAAAUAAUUAGCCGACUAAAAAAAUUUUAAUUUGCUCGUAAUAAAGUUAAUUAUAAUUAAUACUGUAACUUCUAAAAUUAAUCCCAAUAUAAAAAUCUUAACUGAUAAACAACGGUAAUGUCUUUCGUAAUAGGAAGAACUCUACCAACGCCUGUGUCCUGUAAAGUAUGUGGUGAUCGAUCGUAUGGAAAGCAUUAUGGUGUUUAUUGCUGCGAUGGAUGCUCGUGUUUCUUCAAGAGAUCCGUGCGUCGCGGCGCACUGUUCACUUGCACAAGUUUGUACACUAGUAAUAGAAGUAACACAAUAUACAGGAUAUUCCAGUAUGAAAAAAAAAGAACAGUUCUUUCUGAAGAACAGUAUGAAAGAAUUGAGAGAUGCUGUAAAUAUCACAAUAUCGAUAAUCGAAUCUAUAACCCUUCAGAUAGUGAUGGAUCCUGCAUCAUUGACAAAGCCAGACGAAAUUGGUGCCCACAUUGCCGUCUAAAGAAGUGUUUCUCCGUGGGCAUGAAUACAGCGGGUACGGCCUUACAGUACGAGGUAUCCGCGCAAAUAUUCCUGGCUGCUAUUCGUAACGCACGCCGCCAUCAAGAUUUUUCAUUAUUGGAUGUAGAAGAGCAAAACAAGAUUCUUCGUCGCGGAUGGUCCGCACUUUUUGUUUUACGCGCAGCCACGUGGCCGGUAGAUUUGAUGAACAUACGAGGACAAGGUGCAUCGAGUAAAGAUAGCGCCUCAGCCUGCAUAAUCGCAACGCGCAGCGCGAUCGCAAAACUGCAACUCGACGACGUCGAAUUGUGUAUUUUAGACACGUUUGCGCUGUGUCGUCCCGAGAUUGCCGAUACUACCAACGGUUUCCACGUAAUGUCGCAGGCGAGAAAUAAUGCUGUGGAAGUUCUAAUACGACAUCUUCAACAGCGAGAUGAUCGCGAAAACAAACUGGCAAAGAUUCUAUUUGUUCUACCAGUUCUUACUGGAUGUUGUUCUCGAGAAUUGGCUGAAGAAUUGUUUGCACCAAUUAUCGGCGAUGUAGAUCUGGAAAGGGUCAUCGCGUCUGUGCGAUAAACUCACCCUUUCACGAUAAUAAAAAUAUUUAAUAAUCGCACGUUGUCAGAUUUGAUUUAAUGGAUAUUAAUCUGUACAAUAAAUAAUUCAUCAAGAAUAUACACAAUUAGUAACAAAUGUAUAAUAAUCAAUAAAAAGUAUGACAAUAGAGUGAAUUAAAAUUAAUAAAUUGCUUGGCAAUAGACUGUCGCACUCAAUCUUAUUUUAAUUUAAUUGAUCUUUCUUUACAGAAAUUUAAUACCGGCGAAAGCCAGUGAUUAAUAAUUUAUUUUGAAUAUUAAAAACACUGGCAAUAGUAAUUUUAAUGCUCUGAAUAAUAAUUAUUUUUUGGCCAAUUUAAUACUGUGAGUAUUAAAUACAUGAAACAUAUUCUGCCUAUUACUUGAGAAAUAACGAUCAAUCA